GGAACACUUCGCACCCAACCGUGCGGCUAUGAACCGCACGGCCUCGUCUACCUUUUCUGAUCCGAUGUCUAUCCAGGCUGCUCAACUCGCUCCCUCGGCCCGGUUGCAGCUCACCCGGACGCCACAAGCCACCGCCACCAGGGCCCUCUUGGCACGGUCCGUACAUUGUUCGUCCAAGCUGCGAUGAUGAAGCUCGUUCGCUAUCCAGCUCGAUACUCAGCGUCUCCAGUUCACUCCACUUCACCAUGACAGCCAGGCUCGCAGGGAAGAUCGCGCUCAUCACGGGCAGCAGCAGCGGUAUCGGCCGCGCGACGGUCGAGGCCUUCCUCGAGAACGGCGCGCGCGUGCUCGCUGUCGACGUCAACGAGCCCAAGGACGGCGCGGGGUACCCUCGUUCGGACGACAUUGAGUUUGUCAAGGGUAGCGUGAUCGACCAGCAGACCUGGACCCGCGCGUUCUCGACGGCCAAGGCCAACUGGGGCGCGCACCCCAACGUGCUGGUCAACAACGCGGGUGUCGCACGCAGCACGCCGCUGAUCGACAUCACGCCCGAGGAGCUCGACCUCGUCCUGGGCAUCAACCUGCGCGCUCCGCUCCAGGGCAUGCAGCUGUUCAUCAAGACGCUGCUGGCCGAAAAGCGUACCGGCUCCAUCGUCAACGUCGCCAGCGUGGCUGGCCUCCGCGCGUUCCCCGGCCUCGGGACAUACGGUCUCUCCAAGGCGGCGAUCGCGCAGCUCACACGCACCGCCGCGACAGAGUACGGCCCGUCCGGUAUCCGAGUGAACGCGAUCGCACCCGGCGCGACGCACACCGCCAUGACCAAGGGCACUGUCGACCAGCGCGACGCGCCGCUGCUCGCCCACACCUCGCUGAAGCGCUGGGCCGAGCCCAAGGAGAUGGCCAGCAGCAUCGUGUACCUUGCGUCCGACGAGGCAUCUUACGUCACUGGCCAUGUGCUCGUCAACGACGGCGGCCUGGUCAUCAACUAGUGGGCUGUAGAAAUGGAUGCAGUGGCGUGGAUCGU